CUGAACAUCAGCAGCAUCCGGCUGAACGAGCAGAGAGACAACAUGACUUCCAGCAGCAUGAACAUGAUGGGCAGGGUCGUCUUCUACGAGGACAGGAACUUCCAGGGUCGUUCCUACGAGUGCAGCAGCGACUGCGCUGACAUGUCCUCCUACCUGAGCAGGUGUCACUCCUGCAGGGUGGAGAGAGGCUGCUUUAUGGUCUACGACCGCACCAACUUCAUGGGCAACCAGUACUUCCUGAAGAGGGGCGAGUACUCCGACUACCAGAGCAUGAUGGGAAUGAGCGACUGCAUCAGGUCCUGCCGCAUGAUCCCCAUGCACCGUGGCUCCUACAGGAUGAGGAUCUACGAGAGGGAGAACUUCGGAGGCCAGAUGCACGAGCUGAUGGAGGACUGUGACAACGUCAUGGACCGUUACCGCAUGUCCAACUGCAUGUCCUGCCAUGUGAUGGACGGCCACUGGCUGAUGUACGAGCAGCCCCAGUACAGAGGCAGGAUGAUGUACAUGAGGCCCGGAGAGUACAGGAACUUCAGCAACAUGGGCAUGAGUGGUAUGAGGUGGAUGAGCAUGAGGCGCAUCAGGGACGACUACUACUAA